AUGUAUGAAUGUGUUGCAGGCAUCUUGCAUACAAUAUUCUUUCAUCGAACCCUCACUCUUGUUCGGCCCAAGGAUGUCGACUGCGACCUCUUUGAGAUCACAUAUGUUCAAUGUGGACUUGCAGAACUAGAAAAGGAGGUCGAUGAAAAGAUCAACCAGUUCAUUGCUUGGGCUGAAAAGCAUCCAAAUCGGAAAAGCCAGGUGUGCCUCUCGUUCUUCGAUGAGAAGAACAAGCACCCAGGCUGGUUCAGCAGCAAGACUGAGAGGGUUUACUGGGAACAAUGGUUCAUCAAUUUGCAUGUCACAAGCCCUAAAGGACAAGGCAAAUCACGUGGCUCCAAAGCGCCGGCGAAUACUAAAGGACAAGCAUUGGAAGAGACCAGCUCAAGACGUGAUGCGCUGAGCUUGCUGAUCCAAGAAGUCCUGUUCCAGAUCAUUAACUACGCCAAUGAGAAAAAAGACCAUAUUCCUCCAAUCUCUGAUAGAAUAUUCAAUCAUGAGAUUUUGGUCCCCAGCUCUUCUGAUUCUGUAUUCGGGUGGAACGCCGACGUUCUUCGGAGGGCAUUGAGUAGUGGACAUUCAUACUCACUGAACUGA